CUCUACAAAGCUAUAGUCUGAACGACCGAUUAAACUCUAUAACUAUGUAUAGCUUCUACUUAAACUGAACAACAUUUUGGAUAGACAUCUAGAUAAAUAUCACGUAGAUAGCGGAUGUAUUUCUAAAUAAACCAAAUGACAUUUCAGUGUUAUCGCUAGGAGAUUACUACGUAUACUAACCAAGAUUUUGGUUAGACAUCUAGAUAAAUAAGAAGUAGAUAGCGGGUAUAUUUCUAGAUAAAUCCAGAUGACAUUCCAGUGUUAUUAAGAGAUAACAGUUCAGUAUCAGUGGUGGUCUAAUUUGACUAGGGUGUUCUAGUGUCUUAGUCAGUCUAGGACUAGAUCACAUAGUGAGUGCUCAUGUGGCGGUGUAAUGGUGGUGUUAGCGAACAUGUGCGUGCGUGAAAGCUGUGUUUUUUGUGAGUAGUGGUGAGAGAAAUUGGCGCCAAACUGUUCAAAAAAUUGGUGUCGAGCAUGAUGUGUGCGGGAGGUUUGAGAUUUCGCAAAAAGAAAAAGUGUCUUGUCAGCGGAGGUGGUAGUUGUUAUGGACAUGCUGCUAAAGAGAGAGGUGAGUUGUCCAGUAACCACUCACAAUCGCAAUGGGCAGUUUCACCGUUACUACAAGCCCUGCUGCAAAGUCGACCACUACCGCACAUACCCGACCUGCCCGACAGCGAUCCGCCGCCUUCGACUGGGAGCGGUGGAGGCGGCAACCCUCUGGAGUGCGGGGGCGGGGGUGUCGGCUCGCUCGCCCCCAACCGGUGGACCUCGAAGGAGAACCUGCUCGCCGCACAGGAGGAUGACGACCCGCAGCUGUUCGUGGCGCUCUAUGACUUCCAGGCGGGUGGCGAGAACCAGCUCAGUCUCAAAAAAGGUGAACAGGUGAGAAUCCUGUCCUACAACAAGAGCGGCGAGUGGUGCGAGGCGCACGGGGCGGGCAGCCAGGUGGGCUGGGUGCCGUCCAACUACGUGACACCGGUCAACUCGUUGGAGAAGCACUCGUGGUACCACGGGCCGAUCUCCCGGAACGCGGCCGAGUAUCUGCUCAGUUCGGGCAUCAAUGGUAGCUUCCUGGUGCGGGAGAGUGAGAGCAGCCCCGGCCAGCGUAGCAUUUCGCUGCGGUACGAGGGCCGCGUUUAUCACUACCGUAUUAACGAGGAUAGCGAUGGAAAGGUGUACGUGACUAGUGAGAGUAAGUUCAACACUUUGGCAGAGCUGGUGCAUCAUCACUCGAUGCACUCUGAUGGCCUCAUCACGCAGCUCCUCUACCCGGCACCCAAACACAACAAGCCCACUGUGUUCGCCCUUAGUCCAGAACCGGACGAGUGGGAGAUCAACCGCACGGACAUCGUGAUGCGCCACAAACUGGGCGGCGGCCAAUAUGGCGACGUGUACGAGGCGGUGUGGAAGCGCUACAACAUGACCGUCGCCGUCAAGACGCUCAAGGAGGACACCAUGGCGCUCAAGGACUUCCUCGAGGAGGCCGCCAUCAUGAAGGAGAUGAAGCAUCCCAAUCUAGUGCAACUAUUAGGUGUAUGCACGCGAGAACCUCCAUUUUAUAUUAUAACAGAAUUUAUGUCGAAAGGCAACCUAUUAGAUUAUCUUAGACAUGGUAACAAAGAACUGAUAAAUGCUGUCGUACUAAUGUACAUGGCCACGCAGAUUGCAUCCGGAAUGAGUUACCUAGAAAGUAGAUGUUUUAUUCAUAGGGACCUGGCAGCGCGUAACUGCCUGGUGGGUGAGAACCACCUGGUGAAAGUGGCCGACUUUGGUCUGGCGCGGCUGAUGCGCGAUGACACCUACACGGCGCAUGCGGGCGCAAAGUUCCCCAUCAAGUGGACGGCGCCCGAGGGACUUGCGUACAACAAGUUCUCUACCAAGUCUGACGUGUGGGCGUUCGGUAUCCUGUUGUGGGAGAUAGCCACCUACGGAAUGUCUCCCUACCCAGGGGUCGACCUCACCGACGUCUAUCGUAUGCUAGAACAGGGAUACAGAAUGGACUGUCCACCUGGUUGCCCACCAAAGAUUUACGAACUGAUGCGAAAGUGCUGGCAGUGGGUGCCUGGCGAGAGACCCACCUUCCAAGAAAUACACCAUUCUCUGGAGAAUAUGUUCCAAGAGUCCAAUAUUAUCGAAGAAGUGGAAAAACAGCUGCAAGGCAGUCUGACACCACAGUUGCCCUACAAGAAGCCACACGCCGGGUCGACGGGCAACAUACAUAACCUAGUCCUAUUGGCUGAUGCAGAAGCGGGUGGCACUCCGACUAGCUCUUCGGCAACCGUCACCAAGCUGAGCACUUUCAGCAGCGGGGGCGGGGGUGGGGGCAGUGGAGGUGGAGGGGCCUCCAUGCAGCCGCCUCCCAAGAGCAGUCUCGUGCAGAUGCGGCGACCGAUCAACCGUAAAGGCAAAACGGCGCCUGCGCCGCCCAAACGCACUAGUCUGCUGUCAUCAUGCAGCUCUUUCCGUGACUCACAAUAUGACCAGGAACCUGGAUCUCUACAAUCUGACCAUAUGAUGGAUGACUCAUCUCUGCUUAAUGGAAUGACCCGCGAAUUGCAAAGCAUGACGGGGGUUGGAGGGGGUAGCCAGAAGGGAGGUGACAGUGAGGACCAGAUGACGCCAGACACGGAUGACUCGGGCACAGCGCACUCGGAGGGCUUCAAGCGAGCGGGGGCGGGGCCAGUAGGGGCGGGGUCAAUGGGGGCGGGGCAUCGCAGCGGGGGCGGCAAGAAGAGUCGCACCUAUCCGCCAAAGGAGGCCGCCAACAGUGUCAGUCAACAGCAAAAGGUGGUACAAGUGGCGGCCCUGGAAGUACAGAACGUGAAACGUGCCAUCAACCGGUACGGCACUCUGCCCAAGGGGGCACGCAUCGGCGCCUACCUGGAGUCACUGCGCCAGUCAGGCCUCAGCGAGGGCCAACAACAACAGCCCACAACAACAGCAACAACAACAACUGCCAAGACAACAACAUCGCCGGUGCAGAGUGAAACAGCAGUGCCUCCCAGAUCGGUUUCGCCGCGAAGCAGUGUGCGUAACCAGCCUGGUCACAUGAUCAGGAGCAACUCGUCGGGUGGAUUCCAGCACCACCAUCAUCCACCGUCGUCGCCACGCAACAGAAACGCGGCAGCCAUUAGAGGGAGUCAGGAGGCGAGUCAGAGGGAGUCGAGUGCCAUCAGAGGGAGUCAGGAAUCGUCUGCGCCGAACCCAGCCAGAGUGGGACAACCCAGUUUGGCCGACCUUGAGUUCCCCCCUCCCCCACCACCCGAGGACCUCGACAACGCGCAACCUAGCGUCGAGGAGGCCAGCUACCGGUUCGGCGUCAGUUUGCGUCACCGUGAACCGUCGACAGACUCCUGCAGCAGCGCCAAGUCGGAACCGGUUCGUAGGGCUCGUCCUCACGACAAACCUCCUUCUCCCCCUCCACCACACACCCCUACUCCUCCCAGCGAGGAGCAACAGCCCUCGCCGACACACACCAAAGAUAACCCCGAAACGGAAAGCGCCGAGAAAACGUCACCGAAGGUGUUGAAAACGCUGUACCCCGGAAUGAUGAAGGAGAUGUUGGAACUGAAGUUGGCCGCUGAGAUUAAGGAGAAGGUGAACGGUGGGGGGAAGGAGUCCCCCGGGGAACCACCGCCUCCCCCUCCCAUCGAACCUGAUUUCAAGGCAAAUCUAAGGAAAGUGAGUGCUGGGGAUGUUGUCAGUAAUGGUAAGGAGAGUUCAACCAUCAAAGCACAUCUCAAAAAGUUUGAAAUAAAGCGAGGCGCUGAUGAUAAUAAUAUUGUGGACUUGAAGUCGAGGUUGAGGAAGGUUGAGACGAAUAACAAGGAGGAGGAGAUCGUUGGAGAGGAGGGGGACGACAAGAGGAGGAGCACGGGUAGUAUAAGUAGUCUGAAGAAGUUGUGGGAGGGGGAAAGCAGUCCCCCGGAAGUGGUGAAGGAGAAGAGGGCGUGGCCACCGGAAGAGAAGCCGGCCGUUCCUGUGAAACCGGCUGUGAACCCCGUGAAGCCACCGUGCAAGGCUGCCGCGAUCUACGCCACGCCCGGUGUGUUGGCAAACGUUCUCGACAUCUGGCAAGCGUUGGAGGCAAGUUUGGCAACACUGCGCAGUGCACCCACAGUGACGUCACAGUCCUGGCUACAGCUCUCCGACAAGGCAAACCUGUUUCACGCCUCGUGUCUGGCGUACGCUGAGUCGUCUGCACCUCCGCACGCGCGUUUCCACCUCUGCGAACUGCUGACUCGGCUCGAUGCACAUGUGCGCAACCUGCGAUCUGCGUCUGCGCGGAAUCAGGCCGACAACAAUAACACCCUGCAACAGAUGCACAACACUCUUAAGGACAUCAUCAACGCUGUGCAGAGGUAAAGCUCACAAACUCGACUCGUUGCAUUCUACAGUCUAGCUGCUCCACUCUACUAGUGACUAUAUUCCAGCUCCCUCUACACAAACUGACUAUAUUCCUCGAGCUUUGUUCAAUUUUAUUGUAUUGUGAGUUACAUUUUUCUCAAACUUUAGAUUCAUUCACGAACUGCGAUUAUUAAUUCAGUGUAUACUAGUGAUAUUCUACAGUCUACAGUCUAUAGCAGCUCCCUUCUACCCAUAGGACUGGACCACAUUAAGCGUUUUUCAGGCGCCAACCCAAUCGGCCAAUCGGAAAGCUCCCUGCCCUGCCGACUCUAAAAACGCCUAAUAUGGUCUGGCUCCUACUGACUAUCCCUCGAGCUUUCUUAAAUUUCAUUGUUUGAUUGUAUGGUAAGAGAUGUAGUGGUAUUCCUCCAUAAUUGAAAGGAAAAAUACGUAGAUGUUGUCAAUACCACUAUAUUUGUUCAAAAUUAAUUUACAUUACAGAACCAGGUUUCAUGGCAACACCCACCACAUCUUCAACUGAACUAAUGUUGUUUGUUAUUUUUGAAGGGACAAUAACCUUUGUUACAUUGUUGAAAAUAUUGUGGUAUUGACAAAAUCAACGUAUUCUACCUUUCAAAUGUCAUUGUAUUGUGAGUUAUAUUAUGCUUUAACAUUCGAUUCCAUCAUCAACUGCGAUUCAGUGUACCGUAUGCUAGUGACAUUUUAUAGUCUAUAGCAAAGAUUAUAGACUACUACAGUCUAUAGCAGCCCCUUCUUCACCAAGUGACUAUUUAUCGAGCAUUGUUCGAUUACAGUGUAUUGUUUAACAAUAUUUUGGAUUAUGAUAUUAUUAAUUUAGUAAUGUUUUUUUAUGAAAUUUGACUGCAAUUCAACAUUUUUUGUUGAUUCACACUUCAAUCCUCCCUUCUCAAUACAUUGAAAUUGACAAUAGUUUUAUAGAACAGAAUUAAUUUUUUAAUUCUCACUGAUUUGAUUUAGAUUAUACUUGAACGACUUUGUUUUCAGUUUUCCUCUGUUGAACGUCGUUUUGUUGAUAUGUCUCAAUCUAAUGUUCUGACUGUUUCUCAGUCCUCCUUUUUAUUUUUAAGGUAGUUUCUUCUCCCAUUCUCCAAGCUUUUUCAAUUCUAAUUUUAUUAAAAUGAAGACUAGUCUUUCUUGAUUUUCCAUUAUAAAUGGACUCUCUCCUGUUGAUUUUUCAUUGUACAGAAGUAUAUUCUGGCAUCAGAAGUAGAUCUUUUGGAUAUAUACGUUGAAAUACGGCUAGUAAUUGAAUUAGGUCGACUUUUGACUGGGAAUAUUAAAAUUAUUAUCAUAGAAAUAUAAAUACUGUUCAACGUUCCUCUGUUUCCACUUGAAUGAUCAUAUAAAAGUUCAUAGACUUUUGUUUACCUUUUCUAUACUGAAACAAGGCUCAAAUUCUUGAUAAACUUGCCUUGAUUUUGAACCUUUUUCAUUUCAUUGGAGAUUUACAUGAAAAGUUUUCAGAUUGAUUUCUACAUUUCGAUGCAUUUUUCAUGCCUAGUGAGUUCAAUUGAAAAUUCUAUUUCUUCCUCCUAAUCAUUCUCAAUUAGUAUUCAGACUCAUGUGGGAUUUAGCUGAUAUCUCAACAAAUGUAAUAAAUCCCCUCUAAUAUUAUUUGUAAAAUUAUCUAUACAAUAAAACUGUUGAAUUCCAGUUUUCAAUAACACAUUUUCCAAUGAUCGAAUAUAAUACAGAACACUCAUAUUUCAUUAAAUGUUAUCUGAGAAUCUAUAUAUAUAAAAUUCUCAUACUGAAACCCUUUGCCAAAAAUCUAUUCAUCAUUGUAUUAUAAUUCUAUCAUCAUUUUGAGUUGUAGUUUUAUGUAUAUAAAAAUUAUUUUCGUGUAUUAUUCCUCUAUGUUUGUAUUUCCCUUCAACCUGUGAUAGUGAUCGGUCUUUGUGUUGUACAGUUUUUUGUUGUAUUUUUAAUGAUUUUAUGCUCAAAAACCUUUAUAUGUCCUGAAAGUGAAUUUCAUCAACUGCGAGAAAUGAUUUGAAUUUUCGUCAAGUCAAAUGACAAGUGUGAACAAUUAGAAAGUGCAGUGAAAUAUAAUAAUUCGUCUACAAUUUAAAUUUACAACUGUAAAUUAUUUCAGUGAGUGUAAAAAUAUUGCGAUCGGUAAAGUGUCAGUGUGUUCUGAGAACAGAUAGUCUGAAGACCAAGUGUAUAUUAUCGUCGAAUGCUUAUCUAUUAUGUUUGUAAUGAUUGAAAUUCAAAGACUUCAAUUAAAAUUUAAUUCAAGUUGUGGUCGUAGACUUUCAUGCUAGUCGUUUAAGUUGUAAAUGUCAAGUAAACUAUAUUAAUAAUGAUAAUUAUCGACUAAUAUUCAUGAUUUAACAAUUUUAUGAGAAGAUUUUCUAAAGAUAGUUUUCUUCCUUGACCCAUGCUAAUCCUAAAAUCCUACUCAUGCACGAUAAAUCCGUUUUCGUGACUCAGGUGUUAUUAGAUUCUCUAAUUUAAAUACUGAAUCCUACACUUCUCUUAAUUAUUGUUGUAAAUCAUCACUCGAAUUGUUAAAACAAGCCAAUUGUCAUGGAUAAUAAUUCAAAGAAUCAAUGACAUAUUUAAUACAUUUUUGGUGACUGGAUCUUUGUAUUGAAACAAUUUACUUGUAGUAAAUUCCUGUCAACUACAAAUCGUGUUACAGUAGGGAAAUAAUAGAUAUACAUGCAAAUGAGUUGAGAAUCAGUCAAUUAGUCCUCCGGUUGAGAGUGGUUUGAAAUCCACCUAAAAGUUCAGUGACGUCAUGAUAUUACUCCACAAAAUUCGAUUGUGACUUUCCUAGCCCUUACCACAUAUUAGGAAAAUAUUGGUUCUCAUUAUUAAUAUCUACUUAGAUGUAAUUUUCAUAAUUUAUACUUGUUGAAUAUUUAAUAAUGAAUCACUCUACAUCAUACCGAAGCCUUAGUACCGCAUGGUCAUUAUUUGUUAUAAAAUAAUGAGUACAGUUUAGUCCAGUCACUUACUUUCACGAAUUUAUCGAUCAUAAAUAUUCCUCAAGCCUAUUAUGCACUGAUGACCUUCUACUACUAUAUUACUACGUCGUAAUUUUCCAAAAUUUGUAAUUUAAGACUGUUGAACUCUUUAUCGGGAUUUUGAUAAUUAGUAUUUUUUAUGCAUAACCGAGUAAUAUUUUCUUGCAAGAAUCAAACUAGGUUAGACUUGUGAUUGGAGUUGUGUUUUUUUAAUUGAAUGUUGUGAUUUUAUAAGUAGAAUGAACGAGUGUCUAUAUGUCGGGCAAUUGAUUGAAGUGGAAGUUACAUAUUUGUACGUGAACUAUGUUAGGAAUUUAAUGAAUAGCAUCGGACUGUUCAAAUAAUUGAGAUUAUUGUUUCAAAGGUUUACUAGUGUCCAUGUACGAGGUAUUUCAUUUCACAAAAAUUGAAUAAAUAAUAAUAGUUAUAUCAUGUAUUAUAGUGAUGGAUUUGUUUUUCUACAUUAAAAAUAAAUAGGCACAAUAGUUUAGUAGUUUGAUAAUAUUGAGCUUUUCAGUGUCUUGAUAACGCAUCAACUACUUUUGUCGUAGAACAAAAACUAGACCAACUGUCUCUAAAACUUAAUUAUGUAGUAGACAUAAUUAUAAUUAUUUCUAUUGUCAGUAACUACUUCGCAAUUAAUUUCAGGCGGCAAAUGAAUUCAGCAUUAUUAUGAAUUUAAGACUUGAACCAUUUUUAUUAUAAUAUACUGUAUAAUAUGUCGAAUUAAUUUUAUUUUAUAUUUAUAAUAUAUUUAAUUUAUACUACCAACUGAUAAACUGUAUAAACAUAUACUUCUUGCAUUUU